ACUUUUAUCACUUAAAUUUGCUCGCUCACUCGUAGCACAAACACCAGCACGAAGUCCCCGCUAAUCCCAAGAAAACAUGGCAGAAAACAAAAUUUUCACGCUUUCACAGGUUGCCCAGCACAAUUCAAAGAAAGAUUGCUGGUUUGUCAUCAAUGGCAGAGUACUGAACGUGACAAAGUUCCUCGCAGAACACCCAGGUGGAGAAGAGGUGCUGAUAGAGUCGGCAGGGAAAGACGCAACGAAGCAAUUUGAGGAUAUCGGACACAGCAAGGCGGCUCAGACCAUGCUCCUCAAAUAUCAGGUGGGUGUUCUCCAAGGUUACACCAUUAAAGACACUCCUUCCUUCCAGGAAACUAAAAAGAAAGAAAUGGAAGCUUAUGUCAUCAAGAACGAAGGAAAACUUAAAUCCGCCACUCUUUUUGAGUUCUUUGUGCCGCUUUUGGUUGCUGGUUCCUACUUCGCUUACAGAUUUCUUGCCGGACCUGAUGACAUCGUCUAUUAGACCAAUUAUCCUUUUCAUUAUGUAUUUGUAUUUUCCUUGCCAGACCUGAUGACAUCGUCUAUUAAACCAAUUAUCAUUUGCAUUAUGUACUUGUAUUUUCCUCGUGAAAUAAUUCCAGUAAUCGGCACAAGCUAAGCCACCCUAACCAUGUUAUCGCAUCUGUUAAA